AUGGAUCAUACCUUUAGUAGCUUUGCUACUAUCAUUUAUGCUUUCAAUGAUAAAGCUGGGAGAGAGAUACUAUGGAAAGAUUUGGCAGCUUUAGCAACAGUGGAGAACUGGUUUUUAAUGGGAGAUUUUAAUGAUAUUCUCUCAAAGGAGGAGAGAAUAGGCCAUAAAGUCAAGUAUUAUCUGGACAUAGCUUUUGCGAACUGUGUUGAGCAGUGUCGGUUGGAAGAUGUGAAGGCAACUGGGAAUUUUUUCACAUGGUCGAACAAACAACAAGCAAAAGAUAGAAUUUGUUCCAAAAUUGAUAGAGUUAUGGCUAAUCAAGCGUGGCUCGAUCAAUAUCAGAAAGCAGAGGCUAAUUUUUUGAGCGAAGGGACAUUUGAUCAUUCUCCUUGUGUAUUAUCCUUGUAUCCAAGGAGAGUUGAAGGAAGGAGACCAUUUCGUUACUUCAAAAUGUGGAGUAAUUACCUGAACUUCAGCAAUAAGGUUCAGGAGGUGUGGAACAAUCGGGUAUAUGGGACCAAGAUGUAUCAAGUGAUUUCAAAGCUUAAAGCUCUAAAACCGGUUGUAAAAGAGAUUAACAAAGUUGGUUUCUCUGAUAUGCACACGGCUGUCCAGAGAGCCCAAGGUGAUCUAGAAAAUGUGCAACAACAAUUACAGCAAGGCCCUCUUGAUAUUGAGAUGCUUGAUAGAGAAUUGGCUGCGAGAACUAAGCUAAUCCAGGUGCAGCAAGACUACUCAACAUUCCUGCAACAGAAGGCUAAGGUCACUUGUAUCCAAAAUGGAGAUUUGAAUACUGCAAUUUUUCAUGCAAGUAUCAAGGAAAGAGCAAGACAUAAUCAUAUUUUCUCUAUAGAAAACCAGCUAGGUUCCAGGAUCAUUGACCCCAAUCUGAUCUCAACAACAUUUGUUGAUUACUAUAAGUAG